AAAAUAUCCAUACCAUCCUAAUCUAAAUGCGAUUAGAACUCUGGCUGUAUUGAGGUAAGAGAGAAAGAACGGUGUAAUGUUCGAGCGACGAGUUUAAUUUAUAUCUAGCGAAAUAUUAUUCAUUGAAACAAGAAAUUUCAUUGGUUGUUUGAGUUUGUAAAUUGGGGGAAGGAGUUUAUUUACCUCAUCUUUGAAGAGAAUCUGCAAAAAUAACAAUAGCUUAGCUUCAAAUAUUUUCUGUAUCUUUAAAAAUGUUUCUUCACUUAUCAGGAAAUAUUUAUCCACAGCAGAACUUGAAACUGCGAAAAGUCGCCGCUAAUGGUUUAUUAUUUUCACUUUGCAAAAGCAAUUCCACUGGAACCACCAGUCUUCAUUGGAUUGCGGAGUAAAUCGGAUGCGUAGACCUCCCGUAAAUAUUUUUAUAAUCUACUGCUGCAGUCGCACAAGUCCCUAGUUCAUAUCCUUAGAAAACCUAGUUGUUGUCAACUCUGAGCAAGUAGUAGAUAAACAAAAUAAUACUUCUGAACGGAAGGGUUCGCCCUUCCAAACAUGUGCCUCUUCUAACAGACAUAGACUCUCAACAUCCUUCAAAAAUGAUUAAUGAAGCGGAGUUGUUAUGAAAACAAGGAGUUUCUAUUUCCAGUGUAAGAACCUGGAUUACACAUUUAUAUCUUGAACAUUUGUUGAUUCAACACUUUAAGAUAAGAAAGAUAAAGACUGCAGCAGCAGCAGCAGCAGCAGCAACGGCAGAUAAAACGAAGCAUUUAUUGGCUUUGCAAAGCUACUAGGAAAAGAGUUUUGAAAAAUAAAGAAAAUAAAGUAAACGAAGAAAAAAAAAAGUUUGAAAGUCUCAGCAAAUUUUGUGAAGCAAGCCUAAACCUACAACUUCUAUUAUUACUACAACUACUACUAAUAGUACAUACCUGUGCUGGAAGUUCAGAGAUCUAAUUUGAUGAGAUCACGAGUUAAGAUGCUGCUCCAAGUUAAAUCUGAACAUUGUUCAUGACACUGAACGUAUAGUUCAAAUAUCGAUACAGUCAUUUAGCAUUAUAUAUAUAUAUAUAUAUAUAUAUAUAUAUAUAUAUAUAUAUAUAUUCAUGAAAGAUUCAACUGGAAUAGGCUUAUAUUUAACCCUAUUAAACACAGAAAUAUAGCACAAUAUACGUUAUAUAACAAACACACGUAUAAUAUACAAUAUCCAUACAUUUACUUAUGUAAAGAUAUAUGUAUGUGUGUGUGUGUGUAUGUAUGUAUGUUGGUGAGAUUCAACAGAAAUAGGCUUAUAUAUAAGCCUAUUAGGCAUAGAAAUAUAGCACAAUAUACGUCAUACAUGCAUUAAACGCAUUACAUAUGUAUGUAAAAUUAAAUAAUAUAUAUUUAUUUAUCUAUAAUUGAAAUAUAAAGGAAGGCUAAAAAGUGAAUCGGACUUCCUACCGUCCAAAAGGUUUUGUCGAGGCCUUUUUUCCCCACAAUCAUUUUCUAUUGAACUUGACUUUGUAUCAAAGGAAAUCAUGUCUGCCAAUGGAAACCAAGGAUUACCGGGCUCGAUCGAUUUUCUACCAGAGGGCUGUAAUGUCACAGAAGAUGACAUCCUGAUAAAAAGCUCCGUACAAGGACUGUACGAAUUCAGCGAACGCUACGCCGAGAUACACGGAUAUGUGAGCGCCAUAGUAUGUACUUUCGGUUUCAUGGCGAAUUUGGCAAACAUUGUGUGCCUAACUCGGCGCAAUAUGAUCUCACCGACCAAUUUAAUCUUGACGUGGCUUGCCGUAGCUGAUAUGUUGACGAUGAUGUCUUAUUUCCCAUUUGCCCUUCAUUUCUACAUUCUCCGUGACAGAGACAUUCCACGUUUGCACACACGUAGCUACGGCUGGAUUGUGCUCUUAUUAUUCCAUGCCAAUUUUACCAUUGUAACACACACCAUUGCCAUUGGACUUACUAUAGCAUUGGCAAUAUUUCGAUAUAUAUACAUUUGUUUUCCCAUCAGGGGCAGUGAACUUUGCAGCAUAAAACGCUCCAAGCAGACCAUUUUAAUUGUACACCUGAGCACUAUAGUCGUUUGUAUUCCAAACUAUAUUUUAAAUACCAUCGAAGAGUCUCCUCCAACCGGCCACGUUUACAGAUAUGUUCCCACAAGAAGUAACCUCUCUGAACUGAGCAACGUCAGUUCGAUUCCCAGUCAGGAAUACAGUUACAAGAUAGGUACGAGCAGCUAUAUGUUUUCGCACAUCAUUCAAACUAUAAACAAUUGGGUGCAGGCCAUUCUCAUCAAGCUGGUGCCGUGUGUCACUCUUACCAUUCUUACUAUCAUGCUCAUUGUGGUGAUGCAUAAAGCCUACAAAAAGAGAAUGAAGCUGAAGUCUCAAGGACGCAAAGAUGAAUCGGACCGCCAUGGAGAACACAAUCGAACCACAGGAAUGCUAUUGGCGGUUGUAAUGCUGUUUCUAUUGACUGAACUACCGCAAGGAAUACUAACACUUCUAAGUAGCUUCAUCGACAACUUUUUCCCCUGCGUUUACAUGCCUCUUGGAGACGUCCUUGAUAUCAUGGCACUCUGUAAUAAUGCUAUUAAUUUUGUACUCUACUGUACUAUGAGUCGCCAGUUCCGCGAGACAUUCGUGGCGACGUUCUUCAACUGCUGUCCGCAAAGACCAGGUUGGUUGAAGUUGAAGCUCAUUACGGCCACUCAGUCUAGUAAUACAGCCACAACAGUAAAUAACCAUAGCAACAACACAAAGACGACUAACGUGUAAAAUUUUCAUUUUCAGAAAUACACAAAAUAUGGAAAAAUGAAUGAAAUAAAAUAAAGUACUAUAGAAGUAAUGUGGAAACAAUGUGAAAACUGUACAAUCUGGAAAAUAAUAAAUGUAGAUGGAGAAAGAAAAGAAAUAUGCCCAUUGGCUUAAAGUGACUAUACCGUGACGAGGGAAAUCCACCCUCUGAAUAUCACACAUUAUAUAUAGAGAGACAAUUGAGAGAUAUGCCACUGAGAUAUAUCAUACAUAUUUCAAAUAUCAGAAAAUAUUACUAACUUCAGCAUAUUCUGACUACAAUAUUUAUCGAAAGAAGAUCAUUACGAUUAACUACUCAAGUAACACAGCCACAACAGUGAAUAACGAUAGCAAGGUGACCAACGUUUAAUUUCUAAAUUCUAAAAAGAAUAAAGUUUAACAAUGAAUAAAAUACAGAAACAAAUCAUAUAAAAUGAUAAUUUGGGUGGCGAAAACGAAAAGAGGAAUAAGAAUGGUCAUUACCUCACAUUGAUAUCUUGUUGCGAGCAGUUUGACCAUUGAGGGUAAAACAAAUAUGAUCACAGAAUAUUGAAAUGUAUGCCACUAAGAAGAUAUGUGAUCAAUAUCUUAAACGUUUGAAUUUAGUGUACAAUAACUUCACCACGAUGUAACAGUACAAGAACUAAAAUGUACACAUGUACACAGUGUUAGUAGUUUAUAUAUAUAUAGACAUACAGAUAUAUAUAUACAUAUAUAUAUAUAUAUAUAUAUACACACACAUAAACACACAUAUAAACACGUAUAUACAUACAUAUAUACACAUAUAAACACGUAUAUACAUAUACACAUACAUAUAUUUAUAUAAAUACAUAUAUAUAUACACACACACACACAUACAGAUAUACAGAUAUCUAUGCAUAUAUAGAUAUAUAUAUACAGAUAUGCAUAUACACAUAUGCAUAUAUACAUAUAUAUAUAUAUAUAUAUAUAUACACACACACAUACAUACAUACAUACACACGAAAUCCUAUUAACAUUUAUUAAGAAACAAACCCUGAGUUUUCAAUAAUGAUGCCAAGAGAAUGACUUCUGAGAUAUUUUUUGUAUGAUGAUGUUAUUAUAUACUCCCCACCCCAACCACACGUCCAUUCCAUUGCAUAUUUACAGGCAGUAAAAAAUUUUUACAAUGACAAACACAUGCAUAAAAGACAAAUAUAUACGCAUUAAAACGUAAGAUAAUAUUAUACAAACACUAUAAACACACCAUAGAGUAAUGCACACACACACACGCAUUAUAUAUAUACGUGUGUGUAUGUGUGUAUGUGCGUGUGUAUUGUGUAGUGGCGUACAAGCGCGCACACUAAUGUAAAAUAAAUUCCCCUUCAAUACAAACAUUUUAAUGUAAUACAUACAAAUAGCCAUACAUAUUAAAAGAACAAUUAGGUCUAGCUGUAGGAUAUUGGAAGGAGAAAACAAUCUUAAAUGCUUAUCACUGAAUUGUAUAACUCCUUACUUUCGCUAAGUCAAGUGUAACCGAGAAAAAGUUCUUUAUAUCUGCAUGUGUAUACAUGUAUAUGUAAACACACAUUAUAUAUAAACAAUGCCAUAUUCUUAUUUAUACAACAUAAUACACACACACACACACACACACGUAAAGAUGCACAGAGAUAGGGGAAUAAUCAUAAGAUCGACAUGCUUUUGUGUGUGUGUGUGUGUGUGUGUGUGUAUGUAUGUAUAUAUAUAUACACAGACAUAUAUAGAUGUGUGUGUGUGUGUGCAUGUCUGUGUAAUAGAUAUAUAAAAUAUGAUCAUAUAGAUUAACAAACACAGAUGGAAAUACACAUAUUUACACACAAUCUCACAUUUCAAUAUUCAACUAUAAACUUGAUUAAACUAGAGAACAAGACCAUACGAUAUUUAUGAAGAUAAAGAUGUGGAAAGCAAAAUGAUAUAUCAUUCGUGGAAAAUAAACAUGUUACAAGCAAACAAAUUAAAAACAUAUCAAAAGAGAAUUAAACAACAA